CCAAAACACAGCGAAGAAGUAAGAGAUGAUUUACUCCCCUCUGCUCAGCACAGAGAGACAGAGAAAAUACAGGUGUUCAAGAAAUGAGUGACUCACUCUUUAAGGUCCUCUCCUGCUCCACUUGCCAACAACUGCACAUGUGACAUAACAGGAGAUACCACUCACAUUAGGAGAUUCAAUGUAAGACCAUGGCCUCCAGAAGAAGCUCCAGUGCUCAGCAAACAUCCUCCGUCACUCGCCGCACUGACACACCUCCCGGACAAACGAAGAAAAGCGACGGAGAGGAGAGAGCUCACCCCUGCGCAGAGUGUGGGAGGAGCUUCACUCAACAGAGUCAUCUCCGAAUACACCAGCGCAUUCACACCGGAGAGAGACCGUUUACCUGCUCGGAGUGCAGCAAGAGCUUCACCCAGCAGGGUAACCUUCAGGUACACCAGCGCAUUCACAGAGGAGAGAAGCCGUUUCAGUGUUCGGAGUGUGGGAGGAGCUUCAGAGAGAGGGGAGCUCUCAAAACACACCAGCGCAUCCACACCGGAGAGAGACCGUAUCACUGCUCGCAGUGUGGGAAGAAGUUCAGCCAGCUGAGUAGCUUCCAACUCCACCAGCGCAUCCACACUGGAGAGAGGCCGUAUCAGUGCUCAGAGUGCGGGAAGAGCUUCACUCGGCAGAGUCAUCUGGAUGCACACCAGCCCGUCCACACAGGAGAGAAGUUAUACCACUGCUCAGAGUGCGGGAGGGGUUUCAACGUACGGAGCAAUUUCAGAAUACACCAGCGCAUCCACACCGGAGAGAGACCGUACGCCUGCUCGGAGUGCGGCAGGAGAUUCACUCUACUGACUCAUCUCCAACGGCACCAGCGCACCCACACCGGAGAGAGACCGUAUUCCUGCUCAGAGUGUGGGCGGAGCUUCACUUUGUUAGCUCAUCUCCAACAACACCAGCGCGUUCACACCGGAGAGAGACCGUAUCAGUGCUCAGAGUGUGGGCAGAGCUUCAACAUCUCAAGUCAUCUACAGACGCACCGGCGCAUCCACACUGGAGAGAAACCGUAUCCCUGCGCAGAGUGUGGAAAGGAAUUCAGAGAGAGAUGUAACCUCAGAAUACACCAGCGCAUCCACACCGGAGAAAAGCCGUAUCAGUGCUCCGAGUGCGGGAAGAGCUUCAAUCAGCGGAGCAGCCUCCAACGGCACGAGCGCGUUCACACCGGAGAGAGGCCGUACCGCUGCUCGGAGUGCGGGAACAGUUUCAACGAGCUGAAUCAUCUCCGACGACACCAGCGCAUCCACACAGGAGAGAAGCCGUAUUCCUGCUCCGAGUGCGGGAAGAGAUUUAACUUACUGAAUCAUCUCCAACGACACCAGCUCAUUCACAAAGGAGAGAAGCCGUAUUCCUGCUCCGAGUGCGGGAAGAGCUUCACUCAGCUGCCCCAUCUCCAGCGACACCAGCGCACCCACACCGGAGAGAAGCCGUAUCAGUGCUCACAGUGUGGGAAGAGCUUCAAUCUCCAGAGCCAUCUACAAACACACCAGUUCAUCCACACCGGAGAGAAGCCGUAUUACUGCUCCGAGUGCGCGAGGAGCUUCAGACACUGGAGCUCUUUACAAAGACACCUGUGCAUUCAGAGAGAGGAGGAAGCUCAGCACACCAGCUUCCCUCAUUUCCUCUGAGUUCUUCUGCAGAGUCUGCCUGGGACGGUGGGAUUUGAACGGUGCUUGUGAUUAAAUUUGUAUUGUCAAAGUCAAAGUUCACUUAUUUAUCACUUUUUACAACAGGCGUUGUCACAAAGCAGCAUUACAGAAAAAUCAGGGUCAGAGCCCCGAUUAGCGUCGCCAAUGACGACAGUGGCAAGAAAAACUCCUUAAGAGCAAGAGGAAGAACCUUCAGUGUGUCCCGUUUCAGGGGCUGCAUCCUUCGGAGGCUGCAUUUGAAGGCCAAUGGCGUCACAGCGGCGCGACUGGGCUGUCCCAUUUCAGAGGCUAUGUCCUACUUUUCUAUGGCAACGAAGGAUCCAUCAGGUGCAUCCCUGGCCAGCCAACAUAUCCCGAGGUUAACUGUGUGCCGGCAAGGAUUCGAGAACAUGGCGACAUCAACAGAGAAGCGAAUGGCGGCUGAAGGGCCACUUUUAUAUAUAAGUUUUGGGUUUAAACUUACAAAUGUAAAAAAAACAAAAACAAAAACAAUCUCAUCAGUAGCCGGCGGUGAAGCAUCCCCAACUCUAAUAAAUGAAAAAAUGAACAACUAAAAUCAAAGUUUUUGGCUCCAUCUUUAAAGAACUUUAAAAUAACUUGAUAAGAGCGGUGCUUUGCGGUGCACAGGUAAGGGCGGGAACAGCGGUGCUGUGACGCAAACAGGAUAUCAGCCGUAGAGCCGACCGUCUCAUUUCGGUUCAGCCUUCGCGGGUCUAAGUAGCCGUCGAAGGACACGCCUUCGUAGACCGCGUCCUACGAAGGAUCCAGCCCCUGAAUUGGGACACACUGCUAGAGAGGAAUCUCUAACUCAAAAGGACUCAAAAGGACUCAAAAGGGGAACCCAUCCUCCUCUGGACCACACCGGACAGCAAACAGUGUUAGUAUAAACUAUUAAAAUGGAAUGAAAUGGAACAGAAAUGGGAAAAACAGGUGAAACAGUGAUUAUAAUUAAAUAGUUUGAGUCUGUGCAGUAUCAGAAAUUUGUCUUCUCGGAAUUCUUUUCAUUUUUUAGGUGAACUGUCAUCAUUAACAUUUAUUUCUGUAUAUUUACAGACCUAAUAUUGAGAGAUCUUGUUACAUCAAUAAUAUUUAUGUAUUUAUAUUUCUUUACUGGCAAGUUUCAGCUCUGUGCAUUCUUAAGGGUACUUUAGUAAAGGCAAUGGUUCUAUAAAGAACCGUGAACAGAGAACCUUUUGCAUGAUUAUUAAAUGGUUCUCUGCUUGGUGAAAUAGUUCUUCAGAUUGAUUGAGAAUGUGUUGUACGUGGAUCUAUAUAGCACCAAAAUGUUUAUAUAUAUAUAUAUAUAUAGAUAGAUAGAUAGAUAGAUAGCUACAUAGAACCAUGCGUAACACAUUCUCCAUCAAUCUGAAGAACCACUUCACCAUGCAAAGAACGUUUUAAUCGUGUAAAUGGCUCUAUAUAGAACUCAUGGUUCUAAAUAAAACCAUUGCCUUUUCUGAAGACUCCUUGAAGAACCGUCUUUUGAAAGAGUGUAUUGUCAGUUCCGUGUGAUGUAAGACUUCACUAUGGAAUGGAACGUCCUUCUAAAGUCUUAGUCAGGGUGCUCAGUCCUGAUCCUGGAGACCCUACACUCUUAAAGCGUUUUAUAUAGCACUGAAAACGGCUUUUUUGGACGUAUAACAACAGUGGGGUUCUUUGAGUGUUUAUGGUUCUAUAUAGAACCAUUGUCUUUACUAGAGAACCCUUGAAGUGUGUGUGUAUUUAUCUGUCUGUGGAUCUGUGGUGUAUUUUGAUUGUGUGAUUGUGGGUUUCUGGACUUUGGACCUAUAAAGUUGCCUUGGCCAAUCAGUGGCCACCAUGUUUAGUUGUCGAAUCACCACCGAUAGGUAACUAGAAAAGUGCAUUUCUUGAACAAAAUGCAGAGUGACUGCAGAGUGAACUUAAGCUAGGUGGUUGCUAUGGUUCCCCGCAUGGUUACUAGAAUGUUGCUAAUGGACUUGUAUCAACAUGACACAAGUUGGGCGCACAAACGUUUGCACCCCUUUUAUUCCAAAUGGGAAAAAAUGUAAUUUAACGGUAAUUAUAUGAAAACGAAACAUCCGAUCGGAAAGCUGUGUACAAGCGGUGUCGAUAUCUCAAAAACUGCAGGCCAAGUUACAAAAAUCUGGCAGAAGAAGAAGAAGGAGAAGAAGACACUAAUCACUAAUAACACUAAUAACCACUAAUAAACAUUAAUAAUCACUUAAAACAUGCAAAUCUGUGCCUGUUUUUCCAGAAUCACUUUAUUUGGCCAAGUGUGUUAGACAUAUCACAGCUGUUAGAACAAAACCUCGUAUGCCUGAUGUCCUUUAAAUUGUAUGCAAUUUUCAUGAUGAAUGGACCAAAAGAAACGGCCCAAAAUGACUUG